GAGCGGCUAGUCCUGGCUUUUACGGCGCCGUAGUCGGUGGUCAUCGGAGUUUUGGCACCGGCUCCCUUGAACCGCGUCGCUGGUAUUGCUGCUCUCGCCGCUUUUGCCCUGCGGGAUCAUGGUGUGCUUCCGCUUCUCCCUCGUUCCGGGCUUGGCGCUCGUUCUCGUCUGCUUAGUCCUGGGUGCUGCCCAGUCUUAUGCAUUGGAACUUGAUUUGACAAAUUCAGAAAAUGCCACUUGCCUUUAUGCAAAAUGGCGGAUGAAUUUCACAAUAUACUAUGAAACGACAAACAAAAGUCAGAAAACUGCAACCAUUUCAGACCAUGACAAUGUGACAUAUAUUGGAAGCAUUUGUGGGGAUGACCACAGUGGUCCCAAAAUAGCUGUGCAGUUUGGAUCUGGUUUCUCCUGGGUUGUGAAUUUUACCAAGAAUGAGCCUAAAUACUUCAUUGACAGCAUCUCAUUUUCCUACAACACCACAGAUAGUAUAACAUUUCCUGAUGCUGAAGAUAAAGGAAUUGUUACUGUUUAUGAUUCUUUGGAAGUCAGCAUUCCAUUGAAUAACGUCUUUAGAUGCAAUAGUUUAUUAACUUAUGAAAAGAACAGUGUUGUCCAGCACUAUUGGGAUGUUCUUGUUCAAGCUUUUGUCCAAAAUGGCACAGUGAGCAGAAAAGAAUUUCUGUGUGAGGAAGACAAAGGUUUCACAACAGUGGCACCCGUCGUUCACACCACUGUGCCCUCUCCUACUACCACACCCACUCCAGAGGAAAAGCCACAAGUUGGAAAUUAUUCAGUGAGCAGUGGCAAUACCACAUGCCUGCUGGCUACCAUGGGACUGCAGCUGAACAUCACUCAGGAUAAGGUUGCUUCAGUUAUUAAUGUCAACCCCACCUCAACUGGCUUCACUGGCAGCUGCCAACCCCAGACUGCUCAGCUUAGGCUGAACAGCAGCAUCAUUAAGUAUCUUGACUUUGUCUUUGCUGUGAAAGAUGAAAACCGAUUCUAUCUGAAGGAAGUGAAUGCCAGCAUUUAUUUGGCUAAUGGCUCUGUUUUCAGCAUUGCAAAUAACAACCUCAGCUACUGGGAUGCCCCCCUGGGAAGUUCUUAUAUGUGCAACAAAGAGCAGACUGUUUCGGUGUCUGGAACAUUUCAGAUAAAUACCUUCAGUCUAAAGGUUCAGCCUUUCAAUGUGACAGAAGGAAAGUAUUCUACAGCCCAGGAGUGUUCGCUGGAUGAUGACACCAUUCUAAUACCAAUUAUAGUUGGUGCUGGUCUUUCAGGCUUGAUUAUCGUUAUAGUGAUUGCUUACCUAAUUGGCAGAAGAAAAAGUUAUGCUGGAUAUCAAACUCUGUAACACUAGCCCAUAUGUGAUCUCUGUUGCAAAAUAAUAAAGCAAGUACAAGUUCCAACAUGAAUUACUACUCAGUUCAGUGUACAUUUAGUUAGUCUUGCUCUUAGAAUGGGUGGUUUGGGAGAUUUCUGAUUUAAACUAAAACAUCAAAAAAAACCAAAAAAACAGAAAUAGAAAAAAAAACUACAAAUUAGCCAUUGAUUUUUGGUUUCUAGAACCAAGAAAUUUAAAAGUAUCAUUUCCAUAGCAAAACAUCUGGAUUAGAGGUUUUAUUUCACAGCCUUGACUUAAUAUUUUAGUGGUUUCAUUUAAAUAUUCUGGAUAGAAAAAUAGUUUAGGAAAAUCUUUUUAAAAAGAUUAUUCUGCAUGAUUUUGAAUUAGGGCAACAUUCUACAGUGGAUUUGUACUUGCUCCUUUUGCAUUUCAUUGUGAUUUUGUUUGCAGGUUAACUUAGCUACUUUGGCAUUGUUGCAUAUUUGAUCUAGGAGGGAGAUGUUAGUAGAUUUGAAUGGGGCCUAGUAAUAUGUUUUUACCAAUGAAUGUUUUUUCUUAUGCUUUUCAAUGCAUUUGUGUUUAAUGUGGCCAUAAUGGCAAAAUAUACAAAAACCUUUUACAUUGUAGAACAGGUGAAAUUCUUGCUUUAUUCUUUUUAAAAAACUGGUCAUGUCAAUCUUUUAAUUUGCAAGACUUAAACAAACAAAUAUAAAUGAAUAGAUUGCAAGACAGAAGACUAUCCCAACUGGGCAUUUCAGCCUGUUUUUUAGGUGCUCUAGAGAUAAUUGCUAGGUGCCAACUGAGAGUAUUAGUCCUUUGUACCCAUAAAUUGGUCUCAACAUGCAGUACUAAAAUUAAUGAAGAUUUCUCUUUAACCUUCAAGUCUUCCUUGUUGGUGGCAGUGUGUUCUAUUUUUUUAAAUGCCAGUAUGCCCUAGAACCUAGAUAAAGAAGUAUACUUAUGUAUGCUUAGAAAAUAACUUGUACCUAACUCAAAAUUUUGAUCUUAGUUCAUUAAAAAGUUAUUGGUUUCCAGUUUGCAUUAAUUGCUACAGCAUUUAUUAAUUUGGCUUUUACAUUUAAAUGGCUCUGUGCUAAUAAAAACUUACACUGUUCAAAAAAAGAAAGAAAUAAUAUUUAGGGCCGGGAUUGUAGCUCGGUGGCACUGCACCUGCCUUGCAAGUGCAAGGUCUUGAGUUCGAUCCCUGGUACCGGAAACAAAAAAAAAAAGAAAGAAAAACUACACUGUUUUUGUUAUAGUACAAUCAUUAAUUCAUGUAUUCUGUAUUUAGUUUUGUGCUCUGAGAGAGGCACCUAUUGUCCAUUUGCUCUGUACCACCCAACUAUUCCUUGUAGCUUCCAGGUGAUCUUUCCUUAUAUGUAUAAAUAUUGGUGAGACUGAGCAAGUACAUUUUAAAAAUAAUUGUUAUAUAAAAAAUUGAUACAUAGCCAUUAGAGAAAGAUUCCUUUGGUUAUUUGGGGAGGGUAUAUUAUGUGUUUCCCACUCACCAGAAAAUGAGGACCUCUCAGGGUUCCAAAAUAUGUUGAAUGCAUUGUUACAGGCAUGCGCACACAUAUAGGCAAUUGCAUGCUAACAUGUACAUGUCUGUAACUGUCUUGAGUUAUAUUGGAGUGGUAAAUAAUUUCCCUCACUUAAAUUUGCUGUCUGUUUAGCCUGUAGACCUUACUGACUCAAAAUCAGAUUCCUCACUAACCCCUCUUCUAGAGCUACAUUGAGCUGCAGUGCCAGCUUAAACCACUUCUUAAAGAUUAAAUAUGAGUUAUUAAACAGAUAUUUUUAUUUAAACUGUUUUACUAUAAAAUUGUUAAUCUUAUAAAAAUGGAUAAUGCUUUUAAGGAUGUGGGCCUCACAUAUUUCUCUUGAGUGAAAACAAAACAGCUUUUUUUUUUAGUAAAAAUUGGAAGCACAAAUGGUUGCAGUGGCUUAAUGCUGUUAAUGUUUCUAAAAGUUUCUACAUUUAGAGUACAUAUCAGAUACUAAAAUACCUCUGAUAAACACUGUUUUAUAGAAAAUCUGACUUCAGCAAAUAUUUUUGUAUUUUACAUGGGCCAGUUUAUAUACUGCUAUUUACACUAUUACUUCCUAAAGCCGGAUGUUCUUCAUACCCUUUGUAGUUUUUUGCUUUGUUUUACUGGGUUUGUGCCUUGAUGAUAAUACACUAUUUAGUUUUGGGUGCUUUUCAUGUCUUACAAUUUUCAUGAAGAAACUGGUCCAUGUAAAUGCUUUUCAUGUUUUCUCCUCAAAUGUUUAAACCACUAGUCGAUGUAUGGUAUCUAUCUUUAGAUAUUUGCUUGUCUGUUUGCUCAACAUUGCUUCUAAAAACAAUAAAGAUUCUUUUAUUUCUUAA